CGCCCGCUCGAAACGCCGCGUCACGUGAGACUCCGGCUGCUGGCCGGGUCGCGGGGCUAGCUGCCCUGGUUAGGCGGCGCGCGAGGCGAGCUGCUCCAGCCCGGGGUCUCGCGGUGCGCCUUCCGGCUGCUUCUGCCUGGGAGGAUCUGCACGGCCAUGGCUUCGACCGUGCUGGUCUGGCGCGCCCUGCUGCAUGCACCCGCCAGCGCUUGAGGCUUCCCUAGCAGCUCCGCUGACAACGGAGACCCCAGUUCUCAAAAGUGCCUUGAACAAACUUAGCCACCUUACCAGCAAUAUGGUGCUAUCGUUUCUGCAGUAUGUGCAAGAACUUUUGCUAAUUUUUGCCUUGUCCAUAGCCUCUUCCUGGUCUAAUGGCUUUCUCUAUCAUGACUAUUGUAUUAUUGGGGCUGGGCCUUCAGGCUUGCAGAUGGCCUAUUUCCUUCAGCAUGCAGGUCGGGACUACGUUGUCUUUGAGCGUGGAACUACACCAGGGCGCUUUUUCACCUUGUAUCCCCGUCAUCGAAAAUUGAUCAGCAUCAAUAAACGUUACACUGGCAAAUUCAAUAGCGAAUUCAACCUUCGCCAUGACUGGAACUCAUUACUUAGCCACAAUAGCCAACUGCUUUUUCGGCACUACUCUCAGGAUUUCUUCCCUGAUGCUGAUGCUAUGGUGCGCUAUCUGGCUGAUUUUACUUCCAUACUAGACCUCCAGGUGCACUAUAACACAUCCAUUGUACUUGUGAUGCUGGAAAAAGACUCCAAGGCUUGGAAUGGUCAUUACUUCAUCCUUACUGACCAAAAUGCUCAGAAUUACAAAUGCAGUGUUCUUUUGGUGGCCACAGGUAUGUGGGUUCCUCACCAGGUGAACUUUCCAGGUUCAGAAUAUGUUGAAGGUUAUGAAUCUGUGUCCAUUGACCCAAAAGAUUUUGUUGGUCAGUCUGUAUUGAUCUUGGGUCGGGGAAAUUCUGCGUUUGAAACAGCAGAGAACAUUUUGGGUGUCACCAAUUUUGUACACAUGGUAGGCCGCUCUCGAGUUCGUCUUUCUUGGGCUACUCACUACGUUGGAGAUCUGAGAGCAAUUAACAAUGGCCUCCUGGACACAUAUCAGUUGAAGUCUCUGGAUGGACUAAUAGAAGGUGAUCUAGAAGACCUAGUUCUCAUCAAAGAUAGAAAAGGAAAGCUGCAUAUCACCCUCCGGUUCUACUUGGAGAACAGCAAUAGCAGUGACCCAGAAUCUGUGACUCUUCCACAGGACGAAUUAGACAACUUUGCCACUCGUGCCCCUUAUGACCGUGCCAUUCGCUGCCUGGGUUGGAAAUUUGACUUUUCCAUAUUCAACAAGUCUGUUGGCUUGAUGCAAGGUAAGGGCAGUAAGAAGAAGUAUCCUUUGAUCAAGCCCAGCUAUGAAGCCAAAGCUACUCGAGGUCUCUUUCUUCUGGGAACUGCAAGCCACUCGGUGGAUUUUAGGAAAUCUGCUGGAGGUUUUAUUCAUGGGUUCCGAUACACAGCCCGUGCAGUUCAUCGCUUACUAGAAGUCCGUCACCACGAAGUGCCCUGGCCAGCCUCCAGCUAUCCUGUUGUGCAGCUAACAAAUGCUAUUGUCAGGCGGGUGAAUGAGGCAUCUGGGCUCUAUCAGAUGUUUAGUGUAUUAGCAGACAUCAUUCUGCUGAAAGAGAACGCUACAAAAUUUGAAUACCUGGAGGAGUAUCCAGCUGGAGUCCUACAAGACCUGGAGUGGCGCACAGGGAGGAAGGUGCAGAAUGGGCUUUUUGUCAUUAUGAUGGAGUAUGGAAAGAACUUCUCUGGUCCUGACAAGGAUGUCUUCUACUAUAACCGUGCAGUAGGGGAGCCACAGCAUGCUUGGCAGUCUAACUUCCUGCAUCCUGUUAUUUAUUAUUAUAAGCAGCUUCCCACUGAACGUGAGAUGAGACUUUGCCCACCAGACUGGCCCCUGCCCCGCCCAGAUGCAAUCCAUCACAUUGUGGAGGACUUCCUGACUGACUGGACUGCUCCAAACGCACACGUCCUCCCACUGAGACGUUUCUUGGAGAAUUGCCUCGAAACUGACUUGCGCAGAUUCUAUGCAGAGUCCUGCUUUCUGUUUGCCUUCACUCACUUGAAGUUGCCUCCCUUCUGCCAGCAAGGGUACAUGACAAAGCAAGGACUUGUGGGAAGUGAAAAGCUUCAGCAUCACAGAGUAGCAACAGAACUGGUUGAGGACUACACAGCUAUGGAGUCUCCAGAUGAACAGGACAGUGGCAGUGUGCAAUCCCACAACCAGCUGCCAAAAGAUGCCAAGAUAUCCAGUCAUCAGCUGCAGCAUCUUAUGAGCUCCAAGGAUGAACUUUAGCCUCUACCCAACUGUUUAAAAUUCACAAGUGUUACAGCACAAUACCAUGGCCCAGAUUUUCAGAGGAGCUCCAACUUCCAGUAUAUCUGCUUGGGUUACUACUCAUUCCUAGAGGAAGACCACAUCUCAGCAAGAAUUAUUAUAUGUACCAUGUUCUUGCACAAACUUGCAGAUCGGUAUGAGCAUGAAUUUAUAUGCUGCUUGGUGGAACCAAACAGAUGAGACUUUAAUGGGAUGCUGUUAGCCUCUGGAGGUGGGAAAUGUUAUGCAUUGUAGACAACAGAGAAGAGGGAUGUCUCUAGGCCAGUAAGAGUGAAUAAGUAAGCCUGGCUUCUUUUAUACCACGUUGCCAAAAUGCACUGUUACCAUAGUCAUUAGUGUGUUCUGCAGAACUGGCAUUCUUGUAUGCCAACUUGCUUAUUUCAAGACAGAAUGUUCUUGCAUGUUAACAGAAUAUCUCUUCUGUUUGCACUAUGCCCCACUUAAUUUAGUUCAGUCAAGUGUUUCCUAUUGUAAAUGUAUUUCUGAUAUUUUUUAAAGUAGGUUAGGAAUACUGUCUGCACUUUAUUGCACCCUUACCUCCAGUGCAUUGAUUCCUCUGACUACCAUUGAGUUGGGUGCAGCAAACUGGAAAUAAUCCAAGCCCAUCUCUUAUUUAUAUCUUCUGGUUGUUUAGCAGAUAGAAUGAAUGAUGUUCAUACAUUCUCUCCUUCUGUUCCAGCAGAGUCCAUAGAGGAGGGGCCCACAGCAUAAGUGGCAAGCAAAGCGCACAUUUUGCACAUAGAACAUCUCUGCUUUGAUUCCUGGCACAUACUGCCUCAAUCUGAUGCCCUCAAGACGUGCGGGCUACAUUUCCAAAAUUCUCAGCUAGUCAUUGUCAUGGCUAUAAAUUAGGGAGGAAAAUCCAGCACAUCUGAGAGCUAGCAGGUUGAGGAAGGCUACACUAACAUUACCAAAUUAAACAACAACAAAAGUUGCAGGGUAGUUCUACGGUCUGUGCCCUAGAGAUGACGAGAGCUGCAUUCCAACAUGUUUGGAGGUGCAGAUUAGAGAAGGAUAAAUAGUAUUGAGCUAGAUAUGCCAGUGGCCUGAUGCCAAUUGUGUUCCUGAAUUCAUAUUAGAGAAACUAGGGGUAUUUAUAUGAAUCCAAAAAGGGAUGCUUGAUAGCAUUUCUACUGGGCACUUUUGGUUUAGUCACAUUAAAAUAUGUGAAGAUCAGACAAUUCUGUCAUAUAGGAAAAUUUGAAUUCCUUAGGUACAAGCAGACUCGCUAUCUAAAUUUUUAUAUUCUUUUUUUAAAUUUUUGCAGCGACACCAGAGAAUCUAUUUCGUGUUGCUUUUGUCAGUUUUUUUUCCUUUAAGAUGGUUGCAAUACCUUAUUUUUGCAUCUUUUCAAAUAAUCAUUUCUCUAUAUGUUUUUAAAUAACAAAACAUGUAGUUUAAAACCUGCUCGGGGGAAAUGGUGCAGUGGAUGGUUGUUGAUAAUGUUAUGAACACUACCCCAAAUUGCCCAUCACUGCUAUUAAUGGUCAGUGUUGAAGAAGGAACUAGUUGUGUUCAGUUACAAAGCCAGAAACCAGCAUAACCCUCAUUUAACGAUACUGAUACAUAUCAAGCUACCUCCAUUAUUCUACCGUAUUACAUCUAUCUUCAUUCUCGCCUGUUCUUAUUGUCCAGAUAUUGUUGCUGUUUCCUAAAUAUGCAUGAUCAGUACAGCAGCCUGAAUGGAACUUAAUCCUCUCCAGGUUCAAGCAUGAAUACUUAAGGAAAUUAUAAUUUGCAUGGCUCAAAUUAAUAUGAAUAUGUCAUUGCUUUGUGAGUUAGGGCUGGAUAUUAAUAUGGUUUUUUAAGCAAAGCCUGAGUUCCACAGUGGUUGUACGAGACUUUUUCCGAAGGUCAGCUACUUUGCUACUGUUCCACAGAGAACAGUGAUACCUUGUUCUUCUCAGGCUACCAUAUACUUGAGUAGCUUGGAAAUCUCUUAUUCAUUAAAUAGUCAUAUAAUUCCAAGGGGGGAAAGGGCAAUUGCAGUUCCUUCAUUUUGAGAACUAUCAUAUUUUCUAGAAUAUUUUUAUUAACUUAAAAUACCUGCCAAGAUCAAGCAAAUAACUUGUGUAAUGUUAUACUGACAAUAUAUUUUGUUAUGGUUGUAUUCUUCUGGAUGAACCUUUAAAACGUUUUCAUUUUACCACGAAAGCCUAAUAGCAGAAGUAGUGUUUGUCUUUGCUCGGUUAUGGAGUGGGAAAGACUCACGAUCCUUUCAACCUUUCAGGAUAUUUUUAUGAGCUCAUAAAAAUAGUGAACAAAGGCAAUGUUUUUUGCCAGCUCUGAAGUAAACAAAAAACAAAAAAACCCAGUGUGAUAAAUUGGCUCAUUGCUUCCAAAUCAUUAAUAAUUGUUUUAACAGUUUGACAGACAAUCCUUUCUUCACUAACUUGAUCUAUGGCACUGCUAGCCUCAAACGAUCAUGUUUGAGAUUUUAAGUUUUCAAACUUAAAAGGUUUAGAACUAAAAUUUUAAAUUCCACAGUACUUUUGCUUCUUGUCUGUUGGUUUUUGUGUCCAUCUGCUUUUGCAUUCAGACUUCCAGUACUGCAAUCUUUUCUUGGAUAAGGUUUGCGGAGCCAUUCCCAAAAGUUCCGCUGAAUUGUAAUUUCUUAAGGUAAGAGAAGGAGAAAAUUCUAAAUAUGGGAAUAAUAUUUAUAUUUAAUUUAAAUGUAAUUAAAUCAAUUUAGUUUUUAUAUCUCACACGCACGGACAUUGGAACACACACACAGACUUCCAGCAUACUAUUCAAAGUUCAAGUGCUGCCUUUGGCCCCAAAAAGGCCUUAGGCACAUGAGGAUUAAAAUUAGUUCUAUUUUGCCUUUUAAAAGGAAGAAUUUCAAAUUUGCAAUUUUACAAAAGCUCCUGGAGCAACACUGUUAAAGAUAAUUUGUGUGAUACUGUAGUAAUAGUAGAAAAGGCCCCUUCUCUUUAGGCUUUUAAUAAUAUAGUUUAAUAACAAACUUCAUUAUGAAAUAAAAGCUAGUUUUAGAAAACUAACAAAUGCCACAAUGAAGUGGCGAUUUAACUAAUGCACAUACAUUUUUUAAAUCAAAUUAUGUGGCAGCUAUUCCUAUUAUGGAAACUUAGAAAUGUUUCUUAUCUUAAAACUCAGCAGUGUAGUUAUAUAGAUGAAAUGCAUGGUGCACG